UUUUUUUCUUUUUGUAAUUUGCUUUUGAACAAAGCGGACCGGGGAAGUUGAAAUUGAAUGAAAAGAUGUUAUGGCGUCCAUCGGGGACUUCGACCCGCUCCAGUCCAGGGUACUACCUGCAACUAAGAUUGAAGUGACGGUCUCCUGCAGGAGCCUCCUGGACAUGGACACCUUCUCCAAAUCUGAUCCUGUGGUGGUGCAUUAUGUACAGAGUAUUGCCACAAAGGAGUGGAGGGAGUUUGGAAGAACAGAAGUAAUCGAGAACACCUUGAACCCUGAUUUUGUGCGGAAGUUUGUUUUGGACUUCUUCUUUGAAGAGAAGCAAAAUCUGCGUUUUGAUGUGUACAAUGUGGAUUCCAGAAGUUCAAAUAUUUCAAAACACGACUUUCUGGGCCAGACAUUUUGCACCUUGGGUGAAAUCAUCGGCUCCAAGGGAAGCCGGCUGGAGAAAACUCUCUCUGGCAUUCCUGGAAAGAAGUGCGGGAGCAUUAUCUUCACUGCCGAGGAGCUCAGCAACUGUCGGGACCUUGCUACAAUGCAGCUGUGUGCCAACAAGCUCGACAAGAAAGACUUCUUUGGAAAAUCAGACCCCUUCCUGGUGUUCUACCGCAGCAAUGAGGAUGGAACGUUCACCAUCUGUCACAAGACAGAGGUAGUAAAGAACACAUUAAAUCCUGUGUGGCAGAGCUUCACAAUCCCAGUCCGGGCACUGUGUAAUGGUGACUAUGACAGAACAGUCAAAGUUGAUGUGUAUGACUGGGACAGAGAUGGAAGCCAUGACUUCAUUGGAGAGUUCACCACCAGCUACAGAGAACUAUCUCGAGGACAGAGCCAAUUCAACGUCUAUGAGGUCUUAAAUCCGAAAAAGAAAGGCAAAAAAAAAAAGUACAUAAAUUCGGGGACAGUCACGCUUCUGUCCUUCAAAGUUGAGUCUGAAUACACAUUCGUGGAUUUCAUCCGAGGAGGGACGCAACUUAACUUCACAGUAGCCAUAGACUUUACAGCAUCUAAUGGUAACCCCUCCCAGCCAACCUCUCUACACUACAUGAACCCAUAUCAACUAAAUGCCUAUGCCAUGGCACUCAAGGCUGUAGGAGAGAUCAUCCAGGACUACGACAGCGACAAACUCUUCCCGGCUUACGGUUUCGGUGCCAAGCUACCACCAGACGGCAAGGUCUCUCAUGCUUUUCCUUUGAAUUUAAACAUGGAGAACCCGAACUGUAGAGGAAUUGAUGGGGUUUUAGAGGCCUAUUUCCGGAGUCUCCGAGAAGUGACACUCUAUGGGCCGACUAACUUUGCCCCUGUCAUCAACCAAGUGGCACGAGUGGCGGCUGAUGUGACUGAUGGCUCUCAGUAUUUUGUCCUGCUCAUGAUCACAGAUGGAGUCAUCUCAGAUAUGGUGCAGACUAAGGAGGCUGUGGUGAAUGCAUCGGCCUUGCCCAUGUCUAUCAUCAUAGUAGGUGUAGGUCCUGCUGAGUUUGAUGCAAUGGAGGAGCUGGAUGGCGAUCAUGUCCGUGUGUCCUUUAGGGGGCGCUUUGCAGAGAGGGACAUAGUGCAGUUUGUCCCAUUUCGUGACUACAUUGACCGGGCAGGGAACCAGGUCUUGAGCAUGGCAAGGCUCGCCAAGGAUGUGUUGGCAGAAAUUCCCGAGCAGCUCCUGUCUUUUAUGAAGACCCGGGGAGUGGUGCCCCGGCCUGCCCUGACUGCGUCCAAAGCCCCUGUGUCAUGUGUGCAGCCCUGA